GCACGGUGUAUUUGAAACCGUCACAGACACGUUUUUACAUUUUACCGCUGCCGAGUGUAUGUUCAAUUACACGCUUACAAAUCCCUGCCUCCGGUCACAUGAUUGGUCGAACGCAUUGAGAUCAAUCUACAAUGUUUUGGACAUUGCUGAGCCGAAGUGUUCUAAUCUGUGGAUUGGUAACAUCUCAUUCCCUGACCACGCCCACGGUCCCCACGACCAUCUCCAAAGAAGGACCUUGUCGUAUUUACAACUCUGGCCGUUCUGCAGACUGCCAGGGAAGACGGCUCGACCGCAUUCCCUGGAGACAAUUUCCCUCCACACUGGAGAAGGUGGAUCUCUCCUACAACAAACUUCAGGCUGUCUAUGCUGAAGACUUCCAGAAUCUCCCCCAUCUUCAGGUCCUUCAGCUGCAGUUCAAUAACCUUUCCCACAUUGAUGAAGAUGCCUUCAAGCACAACCCCAUCCUGGAGUCUCUAAAUAUAUUCAACAACUCCCUGCGUGAGAUCCCUGCCUCAGCUCUGAUUUCGCUUAUGAAUCUCAAAAAACUCGACAUGUCUAAUAACCUCUACAAACGUGCCACCUUAGUGGAAGGCUUCUCCAAACUGGUCAAACUCAAAGUCCUUUCCAUGGGCGGACCCCUGGUCAUGGGACUCAAAAAGGGGGACUUUCAGCCAUUGAAAAACAUUAAAUUACAAGGCUUUGCUAUCAAGUGCACUUCCAAUUUGAGCUUCUAUGAACUUGGUAGUUUAGAGGUGAUCCAGACACAGCAGAUGGGAUUUGAUAUGGCAAUUGACCAAAGACCUCAGGCUCUCCCUUUAAUGCUGAGUGAUAUUGCAAACAAGACCUUCACUGCCAUUCAGUUCCGCAACCUAUUUGCGUUCAUGUACUUCUCAGGGAAGGAAGACAUUUUCUUCAAUUUAAGGUACGUUAAGGCCUACCAGCUCAUCUUUCAUCGUGGAAAGUUCAACGAGAAUCUUCUACGGAUGGCCUUGAUGAACAUACAGGAGGCCAACAUUGUUAAGAGACUGAGGCUUCAGUACAUCGACUUUGCUCGUUCACCUACGUUUGAAGACAGCGGUGCAGGAUCCAGCAUAACAAACCUUAAAUUGGAUGGAUUAGAUCUGUGGUACAUCAGUAAUCCUGAUGUGCUGCGAUUUGACUGGCGCUUCACUUGGUUCAACAAGGUAAAGCAGCUGUCCCUCCAGUAUGUGUACUUCACCUCGGUGCCGUGCGAUGCCUGGGCAGAGAUGGGGAGUGCGGAGACGCUGGACGUUUCCAACAACCGUCUGCAGGACUCUGUGCUCUACAACAAGAGGUGCGACUACACGGGUAGUGUGCCCCAUGUUCGCAUCUUCAACAUGAGCACCAACAGCCUUGUCAGCCUGAAGGAAAUGUCAUACUUGACUCAGGAGUUUAAGCGACUACAGGUUCUUGAUCUGAGCCACAACAUGCUGGGUUCCUUGGAGGGAAGCAGGGAUUGCGUGUGGAAGCCAAACAUCACCAGACUGAUCGCUCACCACAACCAGUUUGUGAGUGAGGCCCUGCAGUGUCUGCCCACCACCAUGCAGUUCCUGGACCUGUCCAACUGCGGCCUGGGCCAGCUGGACAUGACCUACUUCGACCAAACCACCCAGCUCACUGAACUGCUACUCAGUGGCAAUAAAAUCAAGUUCAUCCCUCCGCACUGGCGGAGCGCCUACCUGCGGUCACUUACUCUGGACGGCAACUCGUUUGGGGUCAUCAGCGUGGAAUCCUUCCGGGAGAUGCCUCUACUGUCUCAACUCAGUGCCGGCAAUAACCCCUACCAUUGCACAUGCGAGCUCCAUGCCUUCAUCCAGCAGACCCAGUCUCAGGGGAAAGUGACCCUCAAGGAGUGGCCUGAGAACUACAAGUGUUAUCACCCGGAGCCCUUCCUGAACACUAUCAUAGCCAAUUACCUCCCUGCACACGUGGCCUGUGACAUACGGCUGGUGGUGGUCAUCUCGGUUGCCGUGACGGCCGCCGUGGUGAUGAUACUGAUGCUGAUUUGCUACAUUUUCAAUAUUCCAUGGUAUGCAAAGGCCACCUACCAAAUUGUCAGGGCGAAAUACAGAGCCCACAAGGAGAGGGCGGCCGGGGAGGGGGAGGUCUUUGUGUACCACGCCUUCAUAUCCUACUGUCACUCAGACGGAGACUGGGUCAGGGAUCAGCUCCUGCCCUGCCUGGAGAACAACAGGGACCCGUACCGUCUGUGUAUUCACGAGAGGGACUUCAUGCCUGGAAAGUGGAUCAUCGACAACAUCAUCGACAACAUUGAAAACAGCCGAAAGGUGAUUUUUGUACUCUCCCGGCACUUUGUGAACAGUGAGUGGUGCAACUACGAGCUCUACUUCGCCCAGCAGAGAGCCAUGGGCAAGACGUUCAGCGACGUCAUCCUGGUGGUGAUGGAGCCCAUCGACCCCCACUCCCUGCCCAGCAAGUACUGCAAGCUGAAGAAGAUGCUGAGCACCAAAACCUACCUGGAGUGGCCGCAGCAGCCUAAGCACCAGCCCUUCUUCUGGGCACAGCUGAAGAGCGUGCUGGGCAAGCCAUCUCUGACCAGAGGCAGAGCUGGAAGUACAAGGAGCAGGGCGGCCUCAGAGGGUAGGGCAGAGGCGGAGUGGCCGUCGGGACGAUCGAGAGAUUUCCCGGUCGGCCGGCCGGCCAGCCAGCGAGUUCAGGUGUAGCGGCCCACUGCGAAGUCAGUUGGACCGGCCCACAGUUGUGAGCGGCCGCGAGGCGUCUGCAAACCGGCCCUGAGCAUAAUUUAUUCCCCGUCAAGACGCCGUGAAAAUCCCCGAAAUAAACAAUAUAUGUCUCAAGAACAUCCAACCAAUAUUUAUACCACUUGCUUACUCUCUAUGUCUCAUUCAUGGUUUUUUUUUUAUAUUAUUUUUUUUUACUUCAUUUAAUUCUUCAUUAUUCAGGCGUUACAGAACUUUCAUGGCCAUGAAUAAAUAAUACGAACUAC